AUGUACUUUCGGGCCCGCGCGCCGUACAUCAAACCGGGGCCGCGCUGCUCGCGCCCAUAAACAUCUAGGAGCGAGGCUCAAGCGCGUUCACGUGCACGGACCGAGGACGCAGCAGCUAAAGCUAAACGGGCAGCAGCAGCAGCAGGGCUACCAGGCCCAGAUUAUUCACGGAAUCCACCGUCGUUCAUUUUGUCCAGGCGGAUCUCCGACCGGCAGGGAUUAGAAACGUGCAAGAUCAUAUGUGUGUGAAGGGGGGAAGAGUCGCGCAAUAUGGUUCGGGAAACCAGACACCUUUGGGUGGGAAAUUUACCCGAACAUGUCCGAGAGGAGAAGAUUGUGGAGCAUUUUAAACGGUAGGUUACGCAAGAGUGGUCCGUGUUGGUGAAGCAGCGCGCGCUAACAGGCAGCACUAAGGUUAGCUAACAGGCGCUGGGGGCAGCCGUGGGACUCAUGCUAACAAAGCUAACCUUAGCAUUUUUCAAGUUUUACAAGUUACUUUACGAUGUGCUGCACGUGCUUUAAUGCAUUACAGCCACAUUUGUUAAACCGAAACGCCCGUAGUGGAACAACUUAAAGGAAAAUGUUAGGAUUGAAAAUAUUUGGCUAACUUUUUAGUAAUGCCAGAAGGCAAGUGAGCUAGCUAGGUUUGCUAGCCGCCGAGCUACCACCCAACCAACCAUUUUGUGGGAAGUCAAGACGAUUUCACAGUCAGUACAAGCCAAAAACCAGCUAACGAUAGCUAGACAACAGGUUUUAACUCUGGAAACAUCAAAUAACAAUGUUGUUUCAGAUAAACGUCGGAUACUCCACAUUAAAUCUCUCUUAAAGAGAUUUUCUGGGUAAAUACUCCGAUACAGAGAAAACCUGCGACCGACCAGGGAGACCAUCGGACCGAUCAAACAUUAAGUGCCACUGAAAUCAUGUCUCUACUGAUAUUUGGCACAGAAAUCUUAUUAAUCUGUGAACGGAGGUGCCCCGAGUAGCAUUUUCGCCAAAUUACAAGUGAGCUACAGACAUGGUGUUGUUAGUAAUUCGGUUGAAUCGACAUGGAGCAGCCAGCAAACACUGACAUGCUCUCCCGUGUACGAUAAAUGUAUUUAUUGACUUAUCAGACCAAGCUAGUCUGCAACAAAUCCCUUUCAACUACACAGACCAGUAUUUGGUGUAGUUUUGUAAUAAAGAGUAUGAUUUUUGUAGUCCCUAAACAUAUUGGCACCAGUACUGUAUCAGGUCAUAGAAUUAUGUGAUUUUUGAAGUCAUUAAGAAAUCUUCUGACACCAUUAAAUGAUGUGCAAACAAAGUGUAGUCAUCCAGCAUUUAAUUGAGGGCACUGCUUUGGACGUAUUUUUAUUUAGAUAGUUUACUCUUGUAUGAAACACUGAAAAGAAAUAUUGGUCUAAACUUUCUGAAGAAAGUCAUAAGUAUAUGCUCAGAGAAGCUGUACCUCUCUCUAGUUCUAUAUUUACCCCACUGGUUACAUACCAACAUAGAUCAGAUUUGUACAUAAAUCUUGUUUCCUUUUGUUUGUUAUUGUUAUUUCCAUACAGGUAUGGGCGUGUGGAAAGUGUCAAAGUUCUGCGGAAACGAGGGUCAGAAGGUGGUGUUGCGGCCUUUGUGGAUUUUGUGGAUAUUAAGAGUGCACAGAAGGCUCACAAUGCCGUCAACAAGAUGGGAGAUAGGGACCUUCGGACAGACUACAAUGAACCUGGGUCAGUGCCUAGCGCUGUACGGGGCCUUGAAGACAGCUCCCCUUCAAGCAGUCGAGAAGUUACAGGAUUCUCUAGGGGCACAGUUGGGCCAGUGUUUGGCCCUCCUGUGUCCCUUCACACCAGGGAGGGACGUUAUGAACGGAGAAUAGAUGGGUAAGUGGACACGGCUUCCCCUUGAAAUCCAGGGGAAUCUAAGUAUUGGAUAGGUGUAAAACCCAAACACAUAGUGGGAUUAUUUGUGAGGGAUACAUCCCUUCAUUGGGGUUAAACAAAGGUAAUUGGGGAUUCUUCCACUUUUCAUCAUGUUUGCCUCGGCUUUCCCAUGGGAUCUAUUUAAAAUUAACUUCCCAUUAUCAUCGGGUAAGGUAACUAAAAUUCAAGGUUUGACAUCUGGUUUGGAUAUCACACCUGUGAGGAAUAUCCUGGUGAGUUUUGGAUUUAUUACAUUUUGUGAGGAAUUACCAAGUGAGCUUUUUGAUGUUUUUUCUGAAUUUUUUUCCAAAAUCUGGGAUCUAACUUUGCUUUUUACAUGGAAUCGCUCAAAAUUGGAAGUAAAUCCCAACAAAGACGGAUGUACUUGAAGAAUCACUUCAGUCAGUAAAGCGUUUAUCCCCCCUCUCAGUUAUCAUUUUUUUUCUUUUUCAAUUUUUUUUCGUGUCCGGCCCUUUGCAGCAGAUGAUGAUUGGACUACUUUAAUUGCUUUUUGUCCAUGGAUACGCCUGCUCUGGAUUUAAGUUUUGCUCAAGUGUAUGGAGGAACUACAUUUUUCUUACAUCAGAAGAAAAGACCGAUGCAGACCAUAACCAUCUCAAGCUUUCAUCCAAGGAAAAGUAAUAGAAAUAUAAACACUUUUUGUCCCAAACAUGGAAGCUAUACCAGGGAGGUUUUUCCAAGAGCAUUGAGGAUCCAAACAACCAGUACUGUUUGUGGAGCUAUUCUUGCUUUGGAUUGGUGCCAUGAAGAUACUGGAAGACCGCAGAGUUGGGAUGUUUCUGCCUGGAUGUAGUAUGCAGUACUGAUGCGCAAUGUUGGAUGUACGGAUUUGAGCCCUAGUAUGGAUAGGUGUAGCUGUUGUGUAUUUGGAUUACUUGAGUGUGGAUGUAGCUGUGUAAGUCUUCAGUGAGGUGAAGAGCUCUACAUACAUGUUCCAGAGCUGAAGAUAACUUUCAGAAUAACUCAAAGUAUUGAUACAAAACAAGAUAGUGUCCCAGCAUGCGCCUGAUGAAGAUCCAUGGAUUGUGGAAUUAUGUCAAGAGCCCAUGAGGAUUUUAUUUGCUACGGCUGAUGUGUCUGCGAGUCAACAACUUUGUGUAAUGCGCAACUACUUCAAAGCAACAAAUGGAAUAAAUUUUUCAAAAUUUAUUUUUUAAUUCCACUCAAACCCCAAUUGUUGGAAAGUAUCAAAAAACCAAAACAAGACCAACAACAAGAUGUGACUGAUCCAGUUGGAUGUGUGUCCUUUCAGGCACCAACUUUCUGUGUUGUCAAACUGGAUUGUGCUGAAUUUCCCUGAAGUAGCUCUCCUUUUUUGAAAAACCCACAUUUAUUUAUAAAGGUCUUUUAUGUUCCUAUUUCGAACCACAUGUCCUGAAAUCCAUUAAGGUCCAUCUCUGUGAUUAUUUUGUUUUUAUUUUUGUCUUUUUUUCCCAUCAAGUGAAGAAAAUUAGUAGCGUAACUGUGGACUUGACGUCAACAGACAUCUGGCCUGAUGCUCCACUGUAUUUGAAGAAAAUGCAAAGUACAAUGCAAGAGAACCAUUUUUGCCUAAUUAAAAUCAAUAGAUUUUUUUUCCCCUUGUUUUUCAAUCGGGCUCUCACAUUCUGACCAACUAGAUUUUAUUUGGAUUAGUUUCGAUAACUUCUUUUUCCAAAAGGUUGGUAUUUUUUUGCCCUCUUCAUAUUUUACUUCUCUAACGUUCCUGAGUGCCUUGUCUAAUAUUAAGUUUUUUGCCCCGCUUUUAAUGAAAAUAUGGAUUUGCUGAGAAGAUACCAAUUUAAAAUACCCACACAAUAUACUGUGUAUGUGCUUAUUACUUUACAUUUCAUCUUAUGACAUCAAUCAUUGAUCUCCAUUGCAUGGCCCUUUUUAAAUAAAGUGUAAAACUUUAAUAUAAGAAAUUUCUUGUUGAGUAGUGAAUGGAAUUAAUAUUUUAUUGACAGUUGACCUCUGAAAUGAGCACACCUGGACACUCGGCGCAGCCCAAAGUAGUCAGUGAUUUAAUUUUACAAUAUUAGUGAAAAAAAAAAAAAUCUCAGUGAAUCAAAAUAUCUUACAGACAGACAUUGACUUGAUUUGAUAUCUUGAUCCUUUAAUGUUAUGCCUCAAGACUAAAGUCAUUGGUGUUUUAGUCAGCUGGGGAAAAUUUGAUAUCAUUUUUCCAGUGAUUUUUUUCCGUAUACCUCUGACCACAAGAACUUCCAAAAGCAAAGAUUCAAUGACAGUAUGCUGCUUUUGUUAUACUUGUUGCUAAAAGUUACAAGUAUUUACACCCAGUGAAGACUGCUCUGUUUUUUUAAUUAGAUACUGCUACUGCUCGUGAUACCAGUUUUUAGCUAUUUAAACUGUCCUCCUACUUAAUCUGGCUUGUUGUCAGCUGUGCCAUUGAUAAACAUGUGAUAGCUUUUGGCUUUGUGCAUCAGGACGGCAAAAGAUGGCCAUGAAAGGCUAUAUUUAUUUACAGUUUUAGUUGUUAGUCAUUUUAAUCCUUUCUCUUUUCUAUCCCCUUUUUCUUUCACAGUAGCUCAGAGAGCCGUGAUCGUGCAUAUGAGCACAGCCCUUAUGGACACCAUGACCGUAGCAGCACCUUCGACAGGCAGCGUCACUAUAAUGCUGAUUAUUACCGAGAUCGCUCCAUUUUUGCCGCUGCUGGCCCAGGAAGCAGUGCCAUUGCUGGGAGCUUUGAGCCGUCAGAUCCACAUUUUGACUCCAGAAUAAGAGACCCCUUUUCUCUGACUAACUCCUCAAGACGAGACCUAUACAGAGAUGACAGAGGCAGACGUGUUGAUAGAACCUACCAUCACCGUCGAAGCCGAUCAUCUCAUUCCUCACAGUCGAGGCAUCCUUCCCCACAAAGGACUACAGGACAAACCUCUAAAACUCCUCAUUCCCCUAAAAGAGCUCCUUUGUCUCCUGGGAGAGGCCCGCGAUCUCGAUCCCGCAGCAGAUCUUCAAGCUCAGACUCUGUCAGCAGCACCAGCAGCACAGGCAGUGGCAGGUGUGACAUUUGUUUAAAGACCUCAAGGUUCCAUGUUUCACAGGCUUGUUGACUGUUCAGCGUGUUUGUCAGUGAACAAUAUUUCAACAGUCUUAUAAAAAAUGCUUCAUUAACUCACACUGACCAGUGUAUCUGGUAUUUUUUCUCUCUCAUGAUAACAGUGAUUCAAACAGCAGUUCAAGUGAUGGAUCUCGGGCACGAUCUGUCCAGUCCUCUGCUACACACGCACCUCCUCAGUCUUCUUUGGUGCUUGACUCAGAUGAGCCCCGCAGAAGCUUUGGAAUCAAAGUGCAAAACCUACCUGUGCGCUCCACAGGUGAGUUGCUACACAUCUAACAAAGGUUAUGCGAAUCUCAGAUUCAAAGCAGAACUUUUGUUUGCAGCAUGAUAAAACAUAAAAGAAAUCAAAAUGAGUUCAACAAGAAGAUCAUGUGACCAUCUUUGUGUGCUGCUUACAGAAAUUAAUACACAAUUUUUUUGGAAGUGAUCAGUACUCUCUAUCUAGCAUUACUGAGCUGAGAGAAAGUAAUGUAGAUUGUAGCUGUCAAGAGGAAUUUUGCUGCCUUUUAAUACAACUCUCUAUGUUUCUGUUGUCCAAUGCUGCGUUAAAUAUAAAAUUAGAAGUGGUUUAUUACCAAUCACCUCUUUGUGUUUUUAUUCUUGGUCAUUUAUUAUAGUCACAGCUGCUGAGUCUCGCUUGGUAGCAUUUAUUUUGGAUGUCAUUUCACUAAUUUACAGUUAACUGUGGCCUGUAGCUCAUGGCGAUUUAAAAGCCAGGCUUAUGAACCAAAUCGUUUACCUCAGGGAACGUUAAUGAAAAUCAGGAGAGGACAACAGAUGCACUGAAAGCACCACCUCUGAAUUGAUAGCAUAAUUUGCCUAUUUUUAGGAGACACUUCCUUGAGAUGACAUGUAGACUUAAUCAAAAACAAAUCUAUGUUCUGUAUCACUUUUGACAAAUAGCAUUAAAUGAUCACCUUCUCCCCCCUCCCUUCUAGACACAAGUUUGAAAGAUGGACUCUUCCACGAAUUUAAGAAACAUGGUAAAGUAACUUCAGUGCAGAUCCAUGGAGCAUCGGAAGAUCGCUAUGGUUUGGUGUUUUUUAGACAGCAAGAAGAUCAAGAGAAAGCCCUCAAUGUUUCCAAAGGGAAGCUGUUCUUUGGAAUGCUUAUUGAAGUCACUGCCUGGAAUGGUCCAGGUAAGUGUUGAUGACAAAACACUUCUGUGUCUGAUUUCAACAAGUUAAUAAAUGAACACUUUAGAAAAUUGUACUUUAGUUCAGGCGGUGAAGAAUGAGAUUUGCAUUCAUAAAGAAUGUUAGUAAUAAUGGCUAACUCUCCAUUCGUACAGAAACAGAGAGUGAAAAUGAGUUCAGACCCCUGGAUGGGCGAAUAGAUGAAUUUCAUCCAAAGGCCACAAGGACACUGUUUAUUGGCAACUUGGAGAAGACCACCAGUUAUCAACAACUGCUUGAUAUUUUUCAACGCUUUGGAGAAAUUGUGGUAUGCUACCAUUCAGCCUUGUACUCUUAACUGGUACAACCUACUUGUGAUUACUUGAUGUUUCUAAUAGUUUUCUUUCUUCUCCUCAAGGACAUUGAUAUCAAAAAAGUUAAUGGAGUUCCACAGUAUGCCUUUGUGCAGUAUUCGGAUAUUGCCAGUGUUUGCAAGGCCAUUAAGAAGAUGGAUGGAGAAUAUUUGGGGAGCAACAGACUUAAGGUAGUGCUUACAGUUUACAGUAGAAACAUUUUGGCCUGCAAUCAGCAAUCUCAAGUAUUCCCUAUGUACAAUUUGACUUUUGUUCUUGCCCUUUCAGCUUGGAUUUGGGAAGAGUAUGCCCACAACAUGUGUCUGGCUAGAUGGCCUGGCAACCAGUAUCACAGAACAAUACCUCACUCGGCAUUUCUGCCGCUAUGGGCACGUAGUUAAGGUAAGGUAGACAAGGCAAAAUAUUUACUGCCUUUGAUUGUGAUGCUUUGUAUUUUCUCAUCAGUCCUUUCUGUAUCUUUUGUCCUUUUUCAGGUUGUGUUUGAUAGAUUGAAAGGCAUGGCCCUGAUCUUGUAUAACAACACAGACUUUGCUCAGGCAGCUGUGCGGGAGACUAAAGGUUGGAAGAUUGGAGGCAAUAAGAUAAAGGUGAACCAGAGCACUUAUUGGGUAAAUCUGUAAAAACUAUUUUUGUAUGUAAAUACAUGUGUGCUUUGACACUUUUUUUUUUCAAUGAAAGGUGGAUUUUGCAAGUCAAGAGAGUCAGAUGGCAUUCUACAGAUCUAUGCAGGCAUCUGGUCAAGACAUUAGAGACUUCUAUGAAAUUCCUCCUGAACGACGGUAAAUUUUCGCAAUAAUUUUAUUCAAAUGAUGACUUCUCAACUAACCAUUAUUUUGGAAGUAAUCCUCAGCCAGUUAAAUUUCUUAUCUUUCAAUUCCCUCUACAGAGAGGAAAGGAGACCUCCAUACCAUGAAUUUACAGCAGAGAGGGCCUACUAUGAGAAUAUACGAACCCCUGGGCUCUAUCCAGAGGACGCCAGAAGAGAAUAUGCUGCUCGCAGCAGAGACAGAUUCCCUGAACUUGAACACUAUCAGGGUGAUCAUUUUGAUCCACGUUAUCAUGAGGACCCAAGAGACUACAGGGACUACAGGGACCCUUUUGAGCAAGACAUCCGGAAAUAUACAUACAUUCAAAGGGAGCGAGAAAGAGAGCGAGAACGUUUUGAGGCUGACCGCAGCAGGUGGAGUCCAUCCCAUCCGAGGCGUCCCAUUACUCCUACAGUGUCACCUUCACCAUCUGAUCGCGCCCCCAGAGACUCAGAGCGUCGCGUUUACAGCCAGUCCUCAGAGCGAAGUGGUAGUGUGAGCUCAGUGUCACCACCACACUUUGACAAACCUGAUAAGACCCUACUGGAUCAUGCUUCAAAGAGUGAAAAGACGGAGAAAAGUAAUCAGCCGGAUCGUGUGGCUGGCGCUGAGAAAACUAAACGUGCAAAAAGAAAAGAAAAGGGUGACAAAGCAGAAAAGAAUAAAUCAAGAAAAGCAAAAGGGCAAUCUCCAUCCAACCCAUUGCCUGAGCCUGAGCCUGAGCCUGGUUUUGAUGGAGGUUCUGGAAGAGGAAGGGUACCUGACCCGGAUGCUCAUGAGAGACAGAAGUCCAAGGGGGAUAGUGACAGUGGGAAUUCAUUGUUGGCUGCUCAUCAUGACUCUGCUAAAAGUGAAAGAUCUGAAAUGAACAAAGGUGAGAAUUCAGAUGUGGAUGGGAAAAAUCGGUCAAAGAAACAUCAGAAAUCCGAUGCUGGAAAUGAUGUGAAAGAUUCAUCAGUAGAUUCCGAGCGUCUAGCUGCAAGAAAAAGGCGAUUUGCAGACUCUAGUGGAAGGACUAUCCGUCAAAAAAGAGGCAAGCAUGAAGAGGAAGAUGGCAUUCAGUCCUCUGAGUUUGGUGCUAGUGCCACAUAUUUGAAAGAGUUGGAAACUGACAAACACAAAGAUUCACAACGGAGGGACUCGAGACUCAAAGCUGAGAGAAGUGGCUCACAGAAGGAUGGCCAAGAGGACCCAAGGGGACAAAAAGAGAAAUCAGAGGGAUGUUUGGACCCUCUGGAAUCAAAACGUCAUCCGGGGCAUACUUCAUCCAGGAGGUUUUCACAUGAGGGAAUUACAGACCAAAGCAGUGUGAGAGAGGAAGAGCACCAUCCUGCUUUUAAAUUUACACAGAAUGCUGACAAUGACAAAAAUGUGAAGACAAAGGAAGACCACGUUGACAUUGAUCUCUCACAGAGUUACCGCAAACAAAUGGAGCAAAAUAGACGAUUACAUCAGCAGCAACAGCAGCUUGAAUCUGACAAACCUGACAAAGCAGGAAGUCCCCAAGGGAGUGAACCAGAAGACUUGGAACAUCGCAGUCUUGUGCAUGAAGUUGGUAAACCACCUGAGGAUGUUACGGAUAAUUUUCCAUCUCACAAGCUUAAGAAACUAGACCAAUUUGACGCAGAUUCUGGGAUAAAGAGAGAGCGUGUCUACAGGAGUUUUAGACAAAAAAGUGAAGAUCCUGACUGGAAUAACGCUCCCUCUCCAGGACAUCAUCACUUUUCUCAACAUGUAGAUGAGGACUUUGUGGAUCAUUCUCAAAAAGAGUUGAGCAGAAAUGAGGAAAAAAUUCACGCAGAUCUGGAGCUUUUGGUCAAAAGGACACAUAAUACUCAGGUAAACAAGCCAAACACUCCUUUACUUAUGAUGGAAGAAGAGCAACAAAAGAGAUGGGAAAGCAGAGUAAAACAUGACUUGUUACCUGCGCUGAACUUCUCCAGAAGUCUUAGUAAAAAUAUUCCCAACCGCAAGCGUUUGGAGUAUGGUAUUUGGCAUGACCUGGAGCCUGGGGAAGUAAGAUCUGAUCCUGAGGAGGAAAGAGAGAAUAAAACCCACUCGCCUGUGCCCUCAACGUCUAUGCCUUUUUCUGAUAGACAAAAAGUUGACAGGUUUUCAGACCCCAAACUGGCACAUCUUGAAAGAAACAAAUUCUAUUCCUUUGCGCUUGACCAGACCAUCACACCCGAUACAAAGGCUCUGCUUGAACGUGCAAAAUCUCUUUCAUCUUCCAGAGAAGAUAACUGGUCCUUUUUGGAUUAUGAUUCGCACUUUGCAAGUUUUCGCAACAGAAAAGAUACUGAGAAGGUGGAAUCAGCACCUAGACCUACACCCCCCUGGUACAUGAAAAAGAAGAAGAUAAGAAUUGGCUCUGAAGAUAAACUUGAUGACAGGAAGGAGGAACCAAAGCCAGAGGAACAUGAAAGGAGGGAACUUUUUGCCUCCCGCUUUCUUCACAGUGCUGUCUUUGAGCUCGAUUCUAGAAGACUUCAACAUCUGGAGCGUAAACACGAAGAACCUGAGCAUACACAAACCCAGCAAUCUAGUCAGCAAGGGGCAGGAGAUGGUGAACUGGACUCAGGGCCAGUUGUCCUUUUCCAUAGUCGUUUUUUAGAACUCACACGACUACAGCAACAGAAGAAUAAAACACCACAGCCACAAGAGGCAAAAGGAGACCCGAUACCCACAGAUGAAAUGGUGGUAAAAGCAUCAGUUUCAGAGCAACAGGCUUUGCAGUCCCCAGAAACAACAGAAUCUGUUAUGGAGCCAGAAAUUAAACCCAUCAGUCCUCUUGAAGAGCUGAUUUCUGAACCACAACUCACACCUGCACCUGUUACACAAUCUGUGGUCAAGGACAUUCCUCCAGCAGAACAGAAAAGUGUUGUCCAAGAUCAUACCCCUGAACCAUACCCUGCUUCAUCUUUCAUGAAGGAAGAGGUAAAGGAAGAAGCAAAAGAAAUCGAACAGGUUGAAUCCAUUCAGCAUCUGCCAAUGGAGACGUCACCUGUUUCUGAACCUGCUCAACCAGCAAUAGCAGAGUCUAGUUAUUCAGCUGAAGGAUGUAAGCUGUCACCUUCUGAAGAGAAAGUGGAUAUUGUAACAGAGGACAUCAAGCCUCUCAGCGCAGAAAAAUCUAACCAGCACAAUUUUCAUGAGUUCACUGGCAGUUCAGAAGCAGAACUGGACCCUGAAACAACACAGACAGAGGAAGUGCCAGAAGUCACUUGUCCCAAACCAUCCAAUCUUGCAGAUGAAGUAGAUAUGGUCAAAAAAGAGACUCCUUCCACUUUCAAAGCAGCAGAAGAGCCUGAAGGAGAGAAGAAAUUUCAAGUUAGUAAAGAACAGGUGCCAACUGACAGUGACACAAAUGAAGAGCCAAUGUUGCCUCAGAAAGAGCAUAAAACAAAAGAAAUGAAAAUUAAAAAGUGCAAGCAAUCCCCUGCUCGCAUUUCUCCAGUUUCUGUUGUUUCUACCGCUGGUGCUGAGAAGCAAGCAACACGCAAGAGUGAACGCAUUGACAAAGAGAAGCUAAAACGUGGAUCAUCUCCAAGAGCUGAAACGAAAUCCACAGGCAAAUCUCCCAUUCAUAGCUCCGACCCUGAUAUAUCAGAGCCAAGUAUACCAAUGGGCAGAACAAGGCGACGAAAUGUUAAGUCAGUAUAUGCCACUCCAGUUGAAGAUGAUACACCAGUUCGUACUGGAAAGGAAAUGACAGAGUUGCCUCGCUCUGUGCGAAAGCGGGGAUCAGACAAAGAUGCAACACCCCAACCAAGUAUUGAACAAGAUCCACCAGCUCCAACCCCUGUGACCAAGCGAGGCCGUCCUCCAAAGAAUCGCAAACAAGGGGAUGAGAUUUUAACCGCCAAAACAGAAAAACCCAAAAUGGACAAUAAGGACACUGAUUCAAAUGAAUCAGAGAGUGGUGAAAGAAUUCCAAGAGUGUCAAAAGGGAAAACAUCCCCUCAUAGCACAAAGGUUCAGUUGAAUCAGAUGUCCACAGCUCUGGGCCCUGGAUUAACAAGAAAGGCAGAAAAAAAUGAGGUGGUUGAUGAUGAUGAUCAGGACAUGGAUUUUACAGAUGAAGAUUUGCCAGUCUUGCCAGAACCUUCAAAUUUAUCUAAAGAAGAUCCAUCAAUAAGAAAUGACCAAAAGAAAGAGGACAAACAAACUUUAAGCCGAGAUAAAGAUGUUCUCCAAGAAAAAGCAUGUGGGGGUAAAUCAAAUGGGAAAGAGGCAGAUUCACGAGUCUUGGAGGAGAAACCCAUCACAGAAAAAGACAAGUUGGUUCGAGGAAAGACCAAGUUGACAAGGACUCCUAAGUCUCCUGUCCUUAGGAACCUCAGUAUCAAACUUAAUGUCACAGAAGUGAAAGAUCUCCUUCAGUUAGGGGAAGAUGGGCCUGGUAAUCUGGAGGAUGCUUCAAAAAAGUCAAAAACUAGCGACCAGGGUGAUCAUGUUUCAAGUUGCUCCAGUGCUGAUGUAGGAGGUCCUAACAAUGAAGAAAGGGGAAAUUCUACUCCAGAAGUAAAAGAGCCAGCUGAAACAUCAAAAAGUUUGAUUUCUCAGGAGCAGGAAUUGGAGCAGGCUGUGGAGAACAUAGCUAAACUUACAGAGCCAGCAUUUCCAACAGAGCCACCAACACCACCUGUCUCACUUUCAGAAGUAAAACCUGACCAAGAUGAAGAAAAACCUUCUAAUCCUGCUAGUGAGACAGAGCUCAUGGCUGCUAUUGACUCAAUAACUGCAGAGGAAUCAACUGUACCCGUAGUCCAAGCACCCCCACCAAGUGCAGAUGUAGGUUCAGAGCCUGAGAUGCAAGACUUCAUUCAGCCUAACAAGGAAGAUGAAUCUGAGACUGCAGUCUCUGUACAGGAACAGCCUAUUCCCCCAACCACGCCUAAAAGAGGCUCCAAGGGAAGACCCAAAACACCAAAACGCCCCAAAGUCCAAAAGCAAGUAAAAAAAGAUGUGAAGGAAGGACUUUCAACAAGUGAGGAAUCGUCAACUCCCCUUGAAGAUAACACAGCUAUGAGUGUACAGAUUGUCCCUGAAACAGCUCCACCAUCAGCAACUGCUACUGUUAUUACUCCUACCUCCUGGAAGCAAGAACCAGAGCCUUCUGCUGUUAAAGCUUCAUAUGUGGAUGAAGAUUUAGAGCCAUCUUCUGAAGAACAGAAUCCAAACCUUAAAUCAGUUAACCCCAACUCAAAGAGUCCUGUAUGCCUGAAGCCCCUGCAGGUUCCACCUGAAUGUAUCACUCCUUCCUUGGCUUUACUAGCCAACAGGCCGAAUAUCAGACCCAUUACAACCAGUAGAACUCAUGUUUCACCCCCAGAUUGGCCCCAUCAGUCUAAAGAAACAGGACUGUCUUCUUCACCUGUUGUGCCAUUGGCAUCCAAGGAAAAUCAGCCUUUACCGUCAGAAUCUGAAAACAUGGAGAUUGUUCAUGGUACAAGUGACCUGAGACAAAUUCUAAUGAAACCCAAAAAUAUUUCCCUUACAAGCGGUGGUUCUAUCCCAAGUAAUCUGCUCACUCUGCAAGAGCAGAACCUCUCUGAAGGUAAUACUCCAUCAGCUGUUGCGCCAAAUAAGACGCCAUUACCUGAUAGAAUGCCUGCUCACUCAGCCCCACCAGUCGUUCGACCUUCAGCUUCAUUACCUUCACCAGAGACCAAGUCUGUAAUCUCUGUAAUUGCAACAGCAACCUCUGUGAUCAGUCGUGUUUGCAACCCUCCUGAGCCAGAGGACAAAUCAAACAUAAGUAUAGGGAAUCCCUGUGUGGACAUAACUCUUCCUAAACAAACAUAUAGGCCUGGCAAAGAUGACACUGGAUCAUAUCAUGUUGGUGAAGAGGGUGGAAGUGCUGCACGAUUCAUUGUUGAUAACCCAAAUCUUGGCACCGGAUCUUGCCCAGGUCUGAGAGUAAACACGUCUGAAGGAGUUGUAGUGCUGAGCCAUUCAGGCCAGAAAACAGAAGGACCACAGAGGAUCAGUGCAAAAAUAAGCCAGAUUCCACAGGCCACAGCAGGUGACAUGGAAUCUCAGCAGUUGGUAUCCAUGCCACAGAUAAAACAGGAACUGUAUGGUCAUUCUCAUUCAGGACUUCAAAAAGGGCCUUCAUUGCAGGCAGAUCCUGGGCAUCUUGGGAAGACUCAGUCAACUUUGUCCUCUAUUAAACAAGAAAGCACCACCUUGGAAAAGACGGAAUCUGGUUACCAAACUGGACCUCAAGGAGUAGUGAAGCGCCUCACACAGGGAAACCAACAAGUAAUGAGUUAUCAUCAAGAGUACAUGCCGAUGAAACAUCCAAAGAAAAUGGACACUGUUGAUCAUCACAGCACAGAUGGCACUAAACCACCUUGGACUUCUGCUAUAAGUCCUGCUAUAAGCCCUCAUUUGCCCUCUCCACCUGGUAAUCAUGUAGGUUUUGUCACAUCAGCUGGAGAAAGAGCCUCUUCACAUAUCAGUGGGGUCAAACAAGAACCACGAUCACCCCGCAAGUCAGGCCAUCCACACUCUCCAUUUACUAAAGUAUCCUCACCCAUUGGCUCCUCAUCACCAAAAGGCAUACCGGUUAUGUUACCCACUGGUCAUCCUGCCAUGCAACAGUUCAUUACUGGUGUACAUCAUCCAGAGCAGUCUGUAAUUAUGCCACCUCACAGUGUACCUGGGGGGCUCGGACGGAUGUCUCCUCAUCGUGUCACACAAUCAAUUCCAGUGGGGCAUCUUGUGCAAGGAGAUGUGCGAGUCAAUACUCCACCUCUUUCUGUGAUGAGCUAUGGGAUGCACAGUGACACUCUUGCCACUCCAUGGUCCGGUUCUAUGCAGCCAAGACCAACAUCACCCCAGGCAGUAGGCAGAGACAAGGUCCUCAAGGUAAACCCUGGUUCUUUGAGGAGUCAUGAGGGAGAGCAGGAAGAAACCAGGCGCUACCACCAGGCUCAAGGGAGGCAACCAGGCACACAAAUAAAACCUGAGACAUUGCAGUCAGAUCCCAGAGGACCUUUACGAACUAGUGUCCAGUUAGAGACAUAUAUGACACAAAGGGAUAUUCGUGUGCUCUUGCAUCAACAGGGAGAACGACUUGCCACAGACCCUCAUACUGGACACAUUCAAGAGACUCUUCCUCCGUCUUCUGCACCCUCCAGCCUGCCUUUAUCCUUGUCUCCAAGAGCUCUUGUUUUGUCUAAAAGUGUGGCUGAAAAGGAUAUAACAAAGCCAUUGGAGGCAAAGAGGCCGCACUCUCCUCUUGCAAAAGAUGGGAUGAUGGGAAUUAGACAACCUGGGCAAGCAAUAGCAUCUCCCCAGAGAGUUCAGCUAAUAACAUCAGGACCGAGCGGCUCAUUCCCAGAGUACUCGUCAAUGUACUCAAAUCAAAGAGGCAUCCAUUCUCAAAUACAAGAGGCGUCCCCUGGUGGAAUGAAUCAGCCACCAAUAAGUGUCACACCGACCUUGGUAAGUUCAUUCGUCUAACACUCUGGUCUUAUAAACGCCUUGCACACUGAAUCUCAAUCCACCACUUGCUCAUACCACUUCGCCUUACCCCUACAGUUUGUGCAUUAGCUCUAGGAGUAGGAUAUCCAGAUUCUGAUUGGGAUUGAAGUUUAAGGCUUGGUGUUGGGACUACAUGGUCCUCCAACAGAGACUGAGGGACACUCCAGCAGUCUCACAGAAUGGCUAACAGUUCAGUGGGAAGAUCAUUUUCUGAGCAACAAAAGAAAUUCAAAAAUAUUUUUUCUUCAUUAAUAAGAUUUUAAAUUUACAAUACACAUUGUAUAAUCUUAGUUUUAUGUUGUUAUAAUUGAUCAUUGUCCAUUUCUUUACAACAAGCUUUAAAAAAUGCUGGAAUGCUAAUGUGGAGACUAGACCAGACUAGUCAGCAAGCUAAAAUUAACUGCUCAUGAUUUGUUUCUGAAGGGAUUGUCCCAUUUUGGAGAGGAAGAUUUUACUAGUACCCGUUUUAAAUCUGCUCAAAUGGAAACUCUGAAAAUGAGGGUUACCAGCAGAAGUGAGAAUUGGAAUUGUCUAUAUUUAAUUUAGUUUGGUUUUUGAAUGUUGUGGGUUUUUUUUUUUCAUCUUCAGUCUGUAGUCUGAGCCUCAUUAUAUAAGCCAGGCAGACAACAAGAAACUAUUCAUCUGGGUGGGUAUGCUAACCUGGCUUGUUGUUUACGCAGUACAGACUGCUCAUUAAUAUUUCAAUGUUUUGCUGUUCCUUAGGGUGCAGACCUCCAGGCUAAACCAAUUGACAAGAUGACACAGCCUGUUAACAUGGUGCAGUUGCUCACUGUAAGAAACCUCAAACCACAAACCCUCAUCACAACAGUUAAAAAACUGUAGUCAGGAUUUUUGUCCAAGCAAGGGCCGCUUUGUCUGACACAUGUAUCUUUGUUUGUCUGAUAUUAAACCAGAAAUACCCUAUUGUGUGGCAAGGCCUGCUUGCACUCAAGAACGACACAGCUGCAGUCCAGUUGCAUUUUGUCUGUGGCAACAAAGCUUUGGCUCAUCGAUCACUUCCCCUGCAAGAAGGAGGUGCAUUGCUGAGGAUUGUCCAGAGAAUGAGACUAGAAGCUUCACAACUGGAGAGUGUAGCCCGAAGAAUGACUGUACGUAGCUCUCUCAUUUAAUUUAUUUAUGCUUUGUUUGUUUGUUUGUUUGUUAAAUUGAAGCUGCAAAUCAUUCAUGAUGUUUUUCCUCCCUUAGGGGGACACUGAAUUCUGUCUCCUCCUUGCUCUGCCAUGUGGCCGAGAUCAAGAUGAUGUCCUGAACCAAACUCAGGCCCUUAAGGCAGCUUUCAUCAACUACUUGCAGACAAAAUUGGCUGCUGGUAUCAUCAAUAUACCCAAUCCAGGUUCCAUUCAGGUGAGUUAUUAAUGCUAUUCUCUGAUUUACUCCAAAGAUCUGGUUUCAAACAUGAGCUCUCUGUAACAAUAAAUGUCCACUUUUUUCCAGCCUGCCUAUGUGCUCCAGAUCUUCCCACCAUGUGAAUUUUCAGAAAGCCACCUAUCCCAGCUCGCUCCAGACCUUCUGAACAGGAUCUCCAGCAUCUCACCACACCUCAUGAUUGUCAUCACCUCUGUGUAACCCUCACUGCUGGGAGCUAUCCCAUUGAUGGAUGUUCUCACCAAUGAGCCUCAGGAAACCAGAGGAAUGUGGAAAUUAUGUUUUCCUGGACACAGUGGGAAUGUGUAGGAUGUACCUGAUCAACUUUUUACCCGCUUCCAUCUGUCUUUUUUUCUUUUGUCUGGUAAUUUUGUCCUUCUCAAGAGAACUCAGGGAUGGACCAAACCAGAAUCCAGUCUUAUUUGACCAUUUCUCUGCUGUAUUUCUAUUUAUUGGAGUUUAAUUUUAAUGUUCGGAGAUGCUCUGAAGAAAAAAAUCAGGAUGUUUGAUGAACAAGAUUGAGUGACUGUCUGGGUGGCCUUUUUUUUUCUUUCAUCGGUCUUUUUAUUGAUUUGUCAUAUUCAUUUCUUCACAACAGAGGAUCACAGAGGCUGUUGUAUCACAAUGACUUAAAAGACAUUUCUACAUGUAAUUUUAAAUAAUUAUGUACAGACCUCUUCGCCCAGGCUUUCUUUAGAGGAAAAAGAAUUACCUUGUAAACUAUGGAGACCCUGUAGAGGACCACGUUCGCUUAAUAACUCCUUUAAUUCCACCAGCUCUGCUCGUUUUCUCACACUACUGAAGGAGUUACACCUCUGGCCGCCUGCCUUUGCAUUGGACAAGCUACAGUAUGGUUUGGGAGUUUUCGAAUACAGGACUUUGUAAAUAUUUUAAAUAUUUAAACUUUGACUAUGGAGCUUGGACACUUUGACACAGACUUGAACUCUGGGACAUACCAGUGCACAUAGUGCGAAAAAUUUGAUGGAUAGCCUUGAUUUUUGGGUGUAAAUACUUGUAACACAGGAAGGUUAGCAAACUCUGCUGUGGAGUCUGCUGAUGGCACUUCAUAUUUUGUAACUCAAAUAAAACAAACUCCAGAAAACUUGAAUACAUAAGAUACCUUUAUUCUUCAUGUGUCUUUUUUUUUUUGUUUUUUGGAAAAUCGUCCUCAUUUUGGUUCAUGAUGUUGAUUAAAAAAAUUUACCUGCAUAAGAAAAAAAAAUACAGUUGAACAACCAAAGAGGGUCUCAGUUGGCCAAGUACAAAUGGUCUGCAGUGUUAUGCAAGGAACAGAGCACUUUCAUGAGAGUAAAAGAGGGGAGAUAUUUUUGUGUAACACUAUAACUAUGUUUGAAAUAAAUGAUACAACUACAGUUCGGUAGAAAACACACCCUAAUGUUUUAAAUCGUCACUGGAGCCAAACAGGGCCACCAGCUGGUCUUCAUACUGGGAAAUGUUCCUCUUCAUGAUGUCCAUACAGGGUCCCAGUAAACGCUCAAAGGCCUGGAUGUCAAUAACUGGAGGACAGGAAAAAAAACGAGGUUAUUUUGUGUUUGAUAUCCUUGGAUGAUCUCUGCACAGCAGUAGACAAUGGUGCUGUUAUACAUCUGUUAUGAACAUCUAUUCUAUUGAAGUUUCACUAUUACACCAAAUACAGUCAGAGGUUUCAGCAGGUAACUUUGUUAUACCGUAUGAAUGUGAUGUUCAAGAGAGGGUAAGAAAAGUGGUAAUAAAAUGCUUUUUGAAUACAGGGGUCAGUGGCUGUAACUUUUAAAACUACAGUGAAACUCCAGACGAACGGAUUUGUAAUCCUUUUCAGUCCUGAAACUUAAAUCUUUGAAGUUUAAAGUCGAGGAAAUAAUCAGGUCUCUGAAGCCUGAAGAUCAAGACCUCUUUUUCACUGUAGCUGCUUUUCUGCGCAGCCUCGCAUUUAAAAAGAUUUCCUACUUUUGGAUCUUUAUAACUUUUUUGUGUGACCCCUACAGAUUGUUUAGCUGAAUGCUGAUAUUCUAGUCAGAGUUCCUACACAGUUGGAAUUUCCAUACUUUUCCAUACCCUACUUUUUGGAAUUAUUCUUGAAAAUACCUGCUUUGCUAUUUUAGAAAAUGGUAUUUUAUAACUGUGGUAAUAGUCUGGAAACAUAAAUAUUUUUCCAUAUUUUAUUUUUCAUUUACCAAACUUUUUAAGACCUGGAAAUUGAUCAGAUUACUUCCAUACUUUACAUACUUGCGUAGGAACCCUGUCUAGUUGUCAGCAUUCUUAAACAACAAAUCAGAUUUGCUAAGUAGAGCUGUCUGCCUGUCAUUACCCAGUGAACAGUGAGUUAUCCUGUGCACACCAUAGAGCCAUUACUCUGGUUUUUGCUGGUAAAUUCAACUAGAGGUGCCAGUGAAAUUUUGUGAGAUAAUGCUGUGACAUAUUUUUUCAAUUUUCUAAGCAAUUGAACAGUUAAAUUCAGCAAAAAGAUGCCUUUUUUAUUCUUUGACCCUCAAGAAUUAAAAAGUUAAUUAGUAUAAAAAUUACUGUAUUACAAUUAUAGAUCUUGUUGCCGUAGAUCUAAUCUGCUGUGAUAGGUCAUAAAAAGCAUAACUUUAUAAAUUGAUUUUUAAAAAUCCUCUCAGGAGCUUUUAAGCGGAAAGAAAAACCUCUCUUUGACAAUCACCAGCUGUUAUGAACUCAAAAAUAAAGGCAGCAUAGCAGGGACUCUGAACACACUUACUUUAAACUGAAUGUACUGCUUUCUCUUAAACAGGAAAAGACAAACCUAACAGUUUUGUUUCUCCCACAGCAUAAACCGAUGCUGCCCGAGGUUUGUUGGUGACCAGCGCCAGCUCCCCGAAAUACUGCCCCCGAGAGCAUCGAGCCACCUCCACCUCUGUGUUGUCCUGCUGGCCUGCCUUUGUCUGGAACACAAACAGGGAGGAACCGCUCAGUCCUGAAGGUACUUAACAAUCAAGAGCAAAGCUAGAACAGGGACAGAGUCAGUCGAAUACAUAAAGCAAAUGGAGCUCAGCAGUUAUUUACUACAUUAUCAACUAGGGCUGGGCAAUAUGAGAAAAAGUUUAUCAAUACAUAUUUUUUUCAUAUCAGUCGAAAUCGAUAAAUAUCAUGAUGUAAAAAAUAAUAUUUAACAGUGCUUAUUGGUCUCAUGUCUUUUGCAACACAAUAAUCUCCUGCAUCUGUGAGGUCUUUGUGUCUCUUCGGCGUUUUGUCGUGAGGCGUUGCGCUCGAGAAAGCGGACUGAAUGGUGGGCUGUUUCGGCUCCUCGCUCCGCUCAGAGUUUGUAACCUCUUGCAUUGCUACAUGCUCUGCCGCGUGGCGCUGCUUCAAGGGGUGAAAAAGAUUUGAGUUAUUCCCCGACUUUGUGGAAACAUGUACUCGACAUAAUUUGCAGUCCACAUUACUCUGCUUCAUGUCCGACCUCAAAAAAAACAAAAUACCUCCACACCACCGACGUUUUCGUGCCAGUUUUGUUGACGAUAUCAUCAUCUGUUGAGCCUUCAUCUGCAUUUCUGUCGGGGGUAGCCCUCAUUUUCUUUGUUUUUCUCACCAACAGUGCUGUCGGCUUCACCUGUUAAAGUGCUAUGGUUGCGUGUAGCUGCAGCCUGCUACUACACAGUUGUUUGCUACUUGGUUCUAAUUCAGCACAUGAUUGGUUCAGUGCGAAGCAGACUUGGAGCAACUCCCCUUUUCAUUGGUUAUUCAUAUAGUCGACCAAAACAUGGCAGAAUGACGACUAUUGAAAAGCAGAUCGACCAUGUUUUAUACUAAUAUUGAGGGAAAUUAAUUUUUGAUUUAUAUCCUUAUCGUUUUAUUGCCCAGCCCUACUAUCAACACAAACUACAUACUAACACAAAAGUCCAGAUCUGUCUGGUAACACUGAGAACACUGGACCCUUACUUUGCUUUUAAUCAUGAUCUUCACCUCUCCUGACUCCACUAUGUAGAAACAGUCAGCCUCGUCCCCCUACAGGCACAGAAAAACAGUGAGGACACAUUUAUUGAGUAUAACAUCUUCAUCAAAAACAUAAAGGCAGUCAAGCGUCCCAACACCAUACCUGUGCUAUGAUACGAUCUCCAUCUUUGAAUGCUCGAGCUCCCAAAACAUCCACAAUCUUCAUCCUCUCAGAGAGCUGGUAGGAAAAAAAUUGACUGUUGUGACUCAAUUUCAUUUACUCUUCAAUUCUUCAAUCUGUAAAGAGCUUGAUAUUUCACCCCAACCUCAAGAGACUUCAGCAGAGGAACGCACUCGAUGAAGGCCUCAUAUGUCUUCCUCUUCUUUGCAUUAUUUUUAACUAUCAGUCGGUGGAAUGUGGCACGAUCCUGAAAGGUUUUAAAAACACAGUUUUAAGAGCUUUUAAGAGCUCUGCCUUUAAUUUUACUUUAGAUUUUACUCUAACAGUAAAAUUAGCCCACAGAUGUGUUUGAACCUGUCUCAGUCUGUUUGUUAUUGACACCGUUUUAUCCCUCUUUCACUGACAGUAACUAGUAAAUAAGGAAAGAAAGUGUGCACUGUGGUUAUAAAUGAAUAUAAAAAUGCUUUCUGAUGCUCACCAGCCCCCACAGAGC